AUGCCCGGGGGCGGGGGUAGCCCGGCGCCCUGCACUCUGGUGGGAGCGGAGGCGGGGGCCCCCGGCGCCGGGGGGGAAGCGGGCGGCGCGGCGGCCCCGGCGGGCAGGAUGAGCCUGUCGCCCAAGGAGCUCUCCAGCCUGCUGAGCAUCGUGUCGGAGGAGGCGGGCGGCAGCACCUUCGAGGGCCUGUCCAGCGCCUUCCACCACUACUUCGGCAAGGCCGAGCACUUCCGCCUGGGCUCGGUGCUGGUGCUGCUGCUGCAGCAGCCCGACCUGCUGCCCAGCCCCCCGCAGCGCCUCACCGCGCUCUACCUGCUCUGGGAGAUGUACCGCACCGAGCCGCUGGCCGCCAACCCCUUCGCCGCCAUCUUCGCCCACCUGCUCAACCCCGCGCCCGAGCGCGGCGACGAGGCCGAGCGGCCGCCGCUGUCAGGUUUCUUACCUCCCAUAACUCCACCAGAAAAAUUCUUCCUUUCCCAACUGAUGUUGGCUCCUCCUAGAGAACUCUUCAAGAAGACUCCUCGACAGAUUGCCUUAAUGGAUAUAGGAAACAUGGCCCAGUCAGUGGAUAUAAGUGGACUUCAGCUAGCACUAGCAGAGCGUCAGUCUGAGUUGCCAACACAGAGCAAAGCUAGCUUCCCCAGCAUUCUCAGCGAUCCUGACCCAGAUUCCUCAAAUUCUGGUUUUGACAGCUCUGUUGCCUCACAGAUCACUGAAGCUUUAGUGAGUGGACCAAAACCACCUAUAGAAAGUCACUUCCGACCAGAGUUUAUCCGGCCACCACCUCCACUCCAUAUUUGUGAGGAUGAGCUGGCUUGGCUAAACCCAAUAGAGCCAGAUCAUGCAAUUCAGUGGGAUAAGUCAAUGUGUGUUAAAAAUAGCACUGGAGUGGAGAUCAAACGCAUCAUGGCUAAGGCUUUCAAAAGUCCUUUGUCGUCUCCACAGCAAACACAGCUUCUUGGAGAAUUAGAAAAGGACCCCAAGCUUGUUUACCACAUUGGCCUCACUCCUGCCAAACUGCCUGACCUGGUGGAAAAUAAUCCUCUAGUUGCUAUAGAAAUGUUGCUUAAACUAAUGCAGUCCAGUCAGAUAACAGAGUAUUUUUCUGUCCUGGUCAACAUGGACAUGUCUUUACAUUCAAUGGAAGUUGUAAAUCGGCUUACUACAGCAGUUGAUCUCCCUCCUGAAUUUAUUCACCUUUAUAUCUCCAAUUGCAUUUCUACCUGUGAACAGAUUAAGGAUAAAUACAUGCAGAACCGCCUGGUACGUCUCGUUUGUGUCUUUCUCCAAUCUUUGAUCCGGAACAAAAUUAUUAAUGUACAGGACUUGUUUAUAGAAGUGCAGGCUUUUUGUAUUGAGUUCAGUCGGAUACGAGAAGCAGCUGGCCUUUUCAGAUUGCUGAAGACACUGGAUACUGGGGAAAAUCCUUCAGAGGCAAAAGCUUCAAAAUAAGACCCUUCCAAAAUUUGGCGAAACAGCGGUCAGCUGAACGUUCUGUAUCAUUACUUUUUUGUGUAUAAAUUUUAAACUUAAAUCAGUGGAUUGCUUGGUUUAAUACUGUAUAAAUAGCAUUUUAUGCAUAAAGCAAGGCAAUAAAUAUUGCUUUUCUGAUACUAGAAAAAUCUUGAAUUUGUUUUGACUUUUGACACUGGACACCCCAUAUUUUGUCUUGACUAUUCAGCCUGAGGACCAUUAAUCCUUAAUGGAAGAAUCUCCUAAAGUGCAAACAUUGUUUACUUCCAAGGGACUUAAAUUUUACUGGACAAUUAUGUGAUGCUGUUGUCCAAGCAAAAUAAGUUUGGAGAGGGAAAGACAGAGGAUGAGAAUGUUCAGUGACUUGUUUCAAAUCAUGCUCAGCAAGCUUAGAAUUGCUGCUGCCAACUGAAACUGAGGGAAUGUCGUCACUCCAAAUUCCAUCAUGCCAAUUUUUUAAUAAUCUCAUGGUACCUGUAGAGCUUUACAUUAAAAAAAAAAUUACAUUUCUAGGGAAAAUAUAGAUCCAACGUGCUAAUCACUCCCUUUUUAAUCUUUAAAGUGAUCAUGAAGAGGUAGUCCAUCAAGAAUUCUUCUCAAUAUUCUGGGAUGGAUAUGGCUACAACUACACUGCAUGCAUCUUGGAAUAGUUAUUCUAUGUGACCCUUUACGUGAGAAAGGAUAGUCUGACAGCCGAGCUAGCAUUUGUGAAAGACUAUCAUAUCCAUGAAUAUGGGAGCCCAGCAAAAUUUUCAUGACUGGCUCCCUGGGAUAUCCUGAGGGUGACUUGACAGUGGCAUAUAAUCCAAGGAAAGACUGUAGUUCAAGUGUUAUCCAAGUAUCAGCUGCUUCCCUGAAGGAGAGUGCUGCAGUGUUCAGUGCACUUGUAGCAAAAGGCUACAGAAGGAGGUGCUCUUGGUACUGCAGAAUCUGAUCUCUGACACACUUUGAGUCAGGACUGAAGAAGCAGGUUCUAAGAGUUCCAGUGUUAGAGUGUAUGGCAAUGCCACAGACUGGUCCUAUAGGAACCCUAAAAGCCUGUGCUGAGGGAGUUUAACAAUCCCUUAAGAUGUGGGGCUGUACUAGAGGCACAUCCCUGUGGUACUGUGCUCCUUGAUGACUUGCUUGGUGUUGCUUUCAGCAGCUCCUCUGAUCCAGGGGAUUCUCUUCUCUUUUUUAUGGUACUGGGGAAGGUGACUGCUUCCUGUCAACUGAUCUAUCACAGCAUUGCUUAAUUCAGUGGGCAGC